AGUCCAGCGAUUCACUGAUUAGUCAGAGGAACAAACACACUAUCACAUGCACACACGCACAAGAGACACGCCAAGGCAGAUACAGGUCUGCUCCCAACUUUUUUUGUCUUGUAGUUUUGUGGGAGAACAUUUACGCAAUUCUGUCUCAGAUUGACCUCGUGCAGCUACAGGAAGUCAGUGAGAGACGGAGCAUCAGGUGGACAGGUUGAAGGUCAGUGAGAUACGGAGCCUCAGGCAGACAGACAGGAGGUCAGUGAGGGACAGAGCCUCAGGCAGACAGACAGGAGGUCAGUGAGGGACAGAGCCUCAGGCAGACAGACAGGAGGUCAGUGAAGGACUGAGCCUCAGGUGGACAGAUUGAAGGUCAGUGAGAGACGAAGCCUCAGGUGGACAGAUUGAAGGUCAGUGAGGGACAGAGCGUCAGGUGGACAGACAGGAUGCAGAAAGCAGUGAGUCUGGUUUCUGUGCUGGUCCUGGGGUCAGUCUGGACCCUGCAGGGGGUCCACACACUGCCAGAAACUCUCCCCCUCCCACAGGAGGACUUCCAUCUGGACCAGUUCAUGGGGCGCUGGUUCGAGGUGGCGGUGGUCUCCACCUGUCCUCACUACAUGCAGCGCAAGAGGGGGAACCCCGUCGCCGUGGCACUGCAGCUGCAACGUGUUGCUUCUCAGGGCAACUUCACCAUGACGGCCACUUCUGUCAGGAACGGCUCGUGUCAGCAGACGUCCACAGUUUACGAUUUGACCGACACUCCAGGACGAUUCUUCCACCGUAAUCUCAGGUUCGAUGCUGAUGUUGAUUCCUUCGUGGUUGAAACCAACUACGAUGAGUUCGCGUUGAUGCUUCUGCUGAGCACAGAGAAACCGUCGGGGAAUAAAACCACCAGCAUCAAACUUUACAGUCGGACUGUGGAUGUGACUCCUGCCGUGCGGCUCAACCUCAAAACAUUGGUGAGACGACAUGGCAUGAGUGAUGAGGCCGUCAUCAUGAAUCACAAAAAAGAUGAGUGUGCUCCACGUGAGCUGGACACAGAGCCCCAUAUUCAGCCUCAGAUUUCUGCUCCCAAGAAGUCCAAGAGAAAUGUGGUGCCGCCUGUGGACUCUCUUUAUAUCUGACCAUCGGAGAGAACCUUUUAUUUUUAUUUUAGGAAACAAAUUCUGAUAAUGUAAAAUCUAUGGACAGAUUGUCUGUAUUCUUGUUUUUACAUUAAAAAAAGUGUAAAAAUAUAACACAUUGCAUUUCUGUGGAAUUUGAGCUUAUUAUAAAUGUUUGUUAAGCGACACAAGACGAGAAGUCUCGUCGACAGACUGGAGGGGACGAUCAUCACAUGAUCCUGAGGUCACACAGUCAAUGACUCAUCAAAUCGAAUCAACUGAGCAAGAGGAAUUAUUUCCUUAAUUGAUUAAACACCUUUAUUCCAGAUUUCUUAUGGAUACAAAACGUUGGGUUUGUUCAAAUGAAUGUGUGAUGUAGCUGGUUUGCCAAAAAAGUGAUUCCGUUGAGUGCAACUGACCUUUCAGAUAAUACUGAAAAUGAAAUUAAUAAAAAACUACUGGAAUAUCCCAUAACUUUCAAACAAUCAAUCAAGAAAAUUUAAAUAGAAAUAUUCAUGUCUUUCUGCUGUGUAUUUUGACAUCCUGCCAUGUUCUAUGUCAGUGACAUCACUUUGUAAUUAAGUAUUCUAAAUAAAAGAACUGAAUAGGA